AUGGCCGAUCUAUUUGGAUGGCUCAUCUCCUUCUUCCUCCUCGUCGCCUUACUCGUCCUCAUCACUUACCAGCUAAUGUGCCUCGCAGACCUAGAAUUUGAUUAUAUAAAUCCUUACGAUUUCGCCGGGCGAAUCAAUUCUGUGGUUUUGGUUGAAUAUAUUCUUCAAGGUGUCCUUUGCUGCUUCUACCUUGUUACUGGCCAUUGGUUUAUGUCAGUGUUGUGUGUUCCUUAUCUAUACUUCAAUAUCAGAUUGUAUAGACAAAAAAAGCAUUUAAUUGAUGUUACUGAGAUAUUCAGCAUGCUCUCGUGGGAAAAGAAGCAACGACUCGUCAAACUCUUUUAUCUUGUUACAACUCUUUUCCUCUCUGUAUUUUGGCUGAUAUAUACAACAUUGGAUGAGCAUGAUGCGUAA